GCUUAAAACUCAUAUGUCGUUGCUGAAUGAAAUAGAUAAAUUAAAAGUUAGCUCAAAUAUAGAUAAAUUUUCUAAUAAACUAAAUUUGAUUGAUAAGUCAAAUGAUAGUUGUUGGUCUUCAAAUAAUGGUAAAAAUCAAUUUAUUCUUAUAAAAUUGAAGAAUUUUUUUAAACUAAAGCAAUUCAAUUUGACAUUUCAAGGUGGAUUCUCUGGUAAAUUAUGUCAGAUUCUUUUAUAUAAAGAUGAUGAUUUUGUUUAUCAACAGCCUUUUUACCCUCAAGACAACAAUAAGUUACAGUCCUUUUAUUUACAAGAAAUUUUUGAAGUUAACAAGAUCAAACUUUUAUUCAACGAUUCUACUGAUUUUUUCGGAAGAAUUACUAUUUAUAAUUUAGAUUUAAUUAGGUCGGAUUAAUUCAUUUUCAUCUUCUGCUUUUUUUCUUUAUAUUUUGUCAUCUUACAUACCCCAAAUGAAAUGAUGUAAUUCUCCACCUUUGGCUACUUAACACAGAGGGCUCCAUCCCUUCUUAUUCUUAAUCAUUCAUCAAACAAAAUGCAAACACCAAACGGCAGCGUUGAUGUUCCAAAUCCAUCUAUCCCUUCAUCGGUACAACUUAGAUUAAAGAAUAUGCCGCCUAGAUCACGUAGUUACAUGGCAGAACCAAACAAGAUUGACGCAAAAUACGUUAACCCUGAAUCCCCUCCAUUCCCAGCUUUUAGAGGUUAUCACACUUUCUCUUUUGCUAAUGAUGUUAUGGGUCGUCGUUUACCUACAAUCCUUGGUAAAGCUAUAGAGGACACUAUAAUCACUUUAAAUCAGUUGUCAUCUGAGGAUGAAAUACUUGACUUACUAGCAUGCAUUGAAAGAAUGGAUAUUCUCAUGGAUGACCUCAAAGGGAACAAAAAACUCACACCUAUCCCAGAUGAUGGUGCUGGUGAUAUUGCUAUCUGGAACAAAGAAAUAGCCAAGUACUUUCAAGGAAAGGAUUUCAUGAGUGCACCAUGGAUUUUUGCAGAGGCUUACAAAUAUCGUCGUUUGCAUUCUUGCUUUUCAGUUUCAAGAUACUUCCAAGAUUAUGAUGUCUUCUUCCGCCAAAAGUGUGACACUUUCGCACGUUCAGGACAUGCUGUAUUUGAAUUGGCUACUCGUUUCGCUGAACCAUUUGACAUUCCAAAUGAUGACGCAAAGAAGUUAAUCUUCUAUGAAUUAUUCCAAGUAUGUUUAUGGGGUAAUUCAACUGAUCUUUCACUUCUGAUUGAUAUGUCAGAAGAAGAUAUCAAGAACUUACAGUCAACUGGUGGUGAUCAGUUAGCUGCUACGCAAAAGAACAUUCUUGGUAAUGACAUUGAUAAAGUUUGGAACCAAUUGAAAAACAGCAAAAACGGUAGAAUAGACUUCGUACUUGAUAACGCUGGUUUCGAAUUAUUUACUGAUUUAGUUUUAGCUGAUUUCUUGAUUCAGUCGGGAUUAGCAAAUCAAGUCAAAUUCCACGGAAAGAGGUUCUCUUGGUUCGUUUCUGAUGUUACUAAGAAAGACUGGGAGUGGUUAAUUAACUCCGCAUGUUAUGGUAGAUUAUUUAAAGGUUCACCAGAAGAACUGAAUGCGUUGCGUGCAUUAGGUCAACGUUGGAAGCGUUAUGAACAAGAAGGUAAAUUGAUCUAUGAGCAGCAUCCUUUCUGGAUAUCAGGUUACACAUUUUUCCACUUACUUGAGGUUAGCCCAGAUCUCUUCUUAGAUCUUCAUCAAUCAAAACUGGUAUUCUUUAAGGGUGAUCUCAAUCAUCGUAAAUUAACUUAUGAUUGUCGCGCACCACCAACAACACCAUUUUCUGAAGCUAUUGGUACUUUAGCUUCUGCUCCAGGUGCACCACCUGUUUGUUCGAUGCGCACGAUUAAAUCGGAUGUCGUUGUUGGUUUACCAAAAGGUGUAGCUGAGAAAUUAGAUCAAGAAGAAAAGGAUUGGAGAUUAUCGGGUCGUUAUUCUGUUAUUCUCAUGUCCGACGGAAGACCAGAAGAAGAUGUAGACUUUGAUUAUAGCCCAUAAUAAAUGAAAUAAGAAGUUUUCCGAUUUGUAAAAUUAUAUUCAUGAACGCAGAUAU